CCACCGACAAACAUGGAUUAUUUGGGUAGCUUUUAUUUUGAAGAUUACCGUGAUGUACAAUAUUAACAAUCGCUGUGGCGGUUGGCUUGACUUUGCAUGUGGAGGUUGGUUUGACCGCUGUUUUAUUUUUCUCCAGCAGCGAUGUGUGGUUUUUGGUUUAUAGCGCUAAAUCCACUUUUAGCUGUGUUUCCUACUCUGCUUUCUUGAACACACCCCAGUGAGCGAGUAUCCCGAUAUUGUGCGAGGGGAAUAAUGGCUGCACAGGAGCCGUCUCCACCAUCUUCCCUGGAAGGAAACAAACCGGGCUUCCCAAAGAAAAUUUUGGCCAACAACCUCGAGGACAAGCAUUUGUGUAAUUCCUGCCUGAAAAUCCUUCGAAGGCCCUUACAAGCGCAAUGUGGUCAUCGCUUUUGUUCGUUCUGUUUCAACAAAAUAGUGAGUUCUGGACCCGAGAAAUGCAAUGCUUGCAUCAAAGAAGACUUAUUUGAGGAACCCACCUCUAUUCUCAAACAAGGAGGUGCUUUUCCAGACAAUGCAGCCCGGAGAGAAGUGGAAGCCUUAGCAGCCGUUUGCCCCAACGAAGGAUGUAUGUGGACAGGGACUAUUAAAGAUUUUGAGGCUUGCCAUGAAGGCCACUGUGACUUUGCCAUCAUCUUGUGCCCUUCCUGCAAAGAGUUGAUGAGAGCCAAUGAGCAGGAACGUCACGAUGAGCGAGAAUGUCCUGAGAGGACACUAAACUGCAAAUACUGUAAAGAACCAUUCCUUUUAAAGAACAUCAAGGCUCAUGAUGAAAUUUGCCCGAAGUACCCAUUGAUCUGUGAAGGUUGCGCAAAGAAAAAGAUACCCAGAGAAAAGUAUGUGGACCAUAUUAAGUUCUGCAGUAAAUUUAAAGCACCAUGCAGAUUUCAUGUUGUUGGCUGCGAUACGUCUGUGGAGAAGGAGAAGAUUCAUGACCAUGAGCGUCAAUGUUCGUACGAACACCUCAACCUGCUUCUGCAUUUCAUCAUGGGAAUCAAAGUGAGCCUGGAGAGCCUGCAGCCUCAGAGCCUGGAUGUAGCUGGCCACAAGCUGCACGAGCUCCACCAGUCCCUCAGAGACUUAGAACUCAAGAUGAGCCAGCUAGGUGGAGGCGGCGCCGCAGCUUCCACCUCCUUCACGCCGCUGCCCAGCACUUUGGGGGCUGCCCUGGAGCUGCAGCUCCAAAGUGAAAAGACCAAGGUGGUUGAGCUCAGCCGACGCUGCCAAGAGCUGGAGCUGAAAGUGAAUACGUUUGAGAACAUAGUUUGCGUCCUCAACCGAGAAAUGGAGCGCUCGUGCGCCGCCAUGGAGGCCUACAACCGGCAACACAGACUGGACCAGGACAAAAUUGACAUCCUCAAUAACAAGGUUCGUCAGCUGGAGAGAACUGUGAGCUUGCGGGACUUGUCCAUCGUAGAGAUGGAGGGGAAGAUGAGGGAGAUGUCAGCAGCCACAUAUGAUGGCAUCUUUGUGUGGAAGAUCUCCGAUUUUACAAAGAAGAGGCAGGAUGCUGUCGCUGGCCGAGCUCCUGCGAUGUUCUCUCCUGCCUUUUAUACCAGUAAAUAUGGCUACAAGAUGUGCUUGCGUAUUUACCUAAAUGGAGAUGGGACAGGAAGAGGCACCCAUUUAUCUCUGUUCUUUGUGGUGAUGAGAGGACACAGUGAUGCACUCCUUAAGUGGCCUUUUAAUCAGAAGGUCACCCUAAUGCUGCUUGACCAGAACAACAGGGAGCACAUCAUCGAUGCGUUCCGGCCCGACAUCUCGUCCUCAUCCUUCCAGAGGCCUGUCAGCGACAUGAACAUUGCCAGUGGCUGCCCGCUCUUCUGUCCACUCUCCAAACUGGAAUCUAAAAACUCUUACAUUCGUGAUGACACCAUCUUCAUCAAGGCCAUCGUAGACCUCACUGGGCUCUAAGUUGAAAUCAGACAUUUGUAUUACCAAUAAGUGACAUUUUUCUUUCGAGUCUGUCAUUUGGCAAUAUGCAAGAGUUUGUAAACUUAACUGCCAAUGUUUCUCUUCGUGUACCCAUCAAAGACAGUGUUCUAAAAACACCAACACAAAUAAUUAUUUGCUACCAAAACACAUUGCUGAGUGGACUAUUAGUACUUCACUGAAUUGGUAUUUUUUAUUUAACCACUAUAGUUUAUCGAGUUAUUAAAAUAACCGUGGUGAAAUGACAGUGUGCCUGCCUCAUGUAACAUGGUUGAAACUCAUACGGUUCAUAAGGAAAAAUAAUACCAAUAUUUUAUUUAUUUCAUUUUAACAUCUAUUUUUUUAAGUUUCCCCCAGCACAUGUAUAUGACGGACCAAAACAGAUACCAACACAUGUGCUGUUCAUUUUAGCCCCCCCCCCCCAAAAAAAACACAAAAAAAAAAAAAAA